GAGAAGUAGAAAAAAAACAGGUUUACUUUACAAGAUGGCUUCAGAUGGAGGGGAAAUUUAUCCUUCCCCUUCCUCUAAAGGAAGAGAAACGUCUGAUUUCCUGAUGAUGAUAGUUCGUACACUUUCAACCAGUGCCGACUUUGAACAAAGAGAAAAGGAGAAAGCAAGAAUUGAGAAAGCUUUUAGACAAAGUGACAAGUGUCUUGGAGAGCUGGUGACAGAGAAUUAUGAAGACCUAACAAGAAUCACACAAGCCUUUAGUACCAUAAGCAAGAAAAUAUAUGAGUCACGUGAUAAGAUAAAGAAGAUAAAAGAAGAUUUGAGCAGCUGUAAAACAUUACUCCAUUGUAAACGGGAUGAACUUCGUCGACUUUGGAUUGAAGGAGUCGAACACAAAACUAUGGUCUCCCUCCUUGAUCAAAUAGAACAAAUCAAGGAGGUUCCCACCAAACUGGAUAACUUCUUGCUGACAAAACACUAUCUUCAUGCCACUAAUUUGGUGGUUCAAGCAGUUGACAAAUUGGAAGACCCAUUGUCAGGAGUGAUGGCCUUAAGAGAUCUGAAGUCAGAGCUGACCACGCGAAAGGCGCAACUACAUGAAGUGCUGAUUGCUGGACUCAAUAAACAAAUCUAUGUGACAGUCCCUGCUACCCAGAAACCCAGCUAUCGACGCACAGACUCUCUCACACGACAGGGGGACUACCCCUCACUGGAGCGUAAGAAACGGUCAGGACAGGAUAUGUUCCCUGCUAUAGAGACAUAUACCAGAGAGGAGAUAAAAGAGGAUUUGAACUCUAACCCAGAAGAUAAUCCCUCUCACUUCAUUGCUCUCUUAGUUCAAUCUCUCUUUGUCCUGAAAAAAGUUCCAGAAGGAGCUGAGGGGUUGAAGGUGAGGAUACAACCAGAGUUGUCUGCUAUAGUAGCCAGAGCCUCACAGCAGGUGGUGGAAAAUUCUUGCCAACAGGGGGAAAUACUGGCUAAUAAUAACCAGCCAAGAUUUCUACUGGAAUUACUUAUGAUAGUAUUUCAACAGUUCCGCUUGGUUGCACACAUGCACAAAAUGGUCUUGCGUAACCUUAAUCGAGUCAUUCCAACUACAGCAGAGCAACAAGAGGAGAAAUCUGGUGUCCUGAUCCGUGGAGAACAGAUGUAUGAUAUGACAGAUGUUUGGUCCAAAAUACAAGCUGUGAUUGAGUUGCUACUGCGUGAAUACCUUGAUGUACAAAAUACUGCUGCCUCACGACAACGUGCCCCCAGCAGCUUUGACGAACCCAGUACUGAUAUCAGCCAAUACUUCUCAAAGAAACGCCCAAACAAACCAAAAAAGCCAGCCCUGUUCCGUUUUGAUGCAUCAAUUCAUGCCAUGAGCACCAACAGUUAUGUUGAGGAUAGUAGAGCGUUUGAUACGAGUGACAUGUUUAACGCCAGUAUGUUAGCUGAGAUGGGACUAGAGAAACACCAGAUGGUCUGUAAGCCAAGUGUCUACAAUAUCACAGCCAUCUUUAAACCACUACAGGAUUUUAUCCGGGAGGUAGAAGAUGCUAUUGCCUGUAUGGAUGGAUCGUCAAGUCUUCAGGCCUUUGUUACAGACUUUGUCCAGGAUAUCUUCCUUGGUCAAGUCCACUACUCUGUCAGAAACAGCAUAGAAGCUGCUACAAUAGUGGAUGAGGAAGAACAGUGUUUUGAUUCUCUUCGUCAUGUUGUUGAUCAUAAAACACAGAAAGACCUUGGUGUUUCACGGCCCUUACUUACAAGCACGGUGAUUGUGGAUAAAAAUAUACAAGACUUACAGGAGUUAAUGCAAGAUCUGCCUACAUAUGCUGACCAAUUCCUCAACAUGAUCUGUAAUAUACUUAAGGAUUAUCGUGAUACCUGUCACACUGCAUACAGAGGUAUGGUUCAGAAUGACACAGAUGAGAAGCGAAUGAUUAGUGCUAUGUGGGCAAAAGAUGAGGACAUCAGCAGAUUUCUGAGGUCUUUGCCAAGUUGGCAAGUUUUACAACCAAUGGAGGGUCAGGACCUGAACCAGGCUAUGUGUUCAGAGGAAGAAAUGAGGACUUUGAACUCCAAGGAGGUGAACAUGCUCAUUAGCAAUCUGUCCUCAUCAGACUCCAUGAUUCCCCAGCAGGAAAUUAUCACUGACUCCACACAGAUGAGGACCAUCGCUAACUACCAUCAGAGUCUAGAGUGGUUUACAGGGAGAUUGGGACAGUUUGCACAAUCACUGUCUUCUAAGUCAGAUAAACAAGGCAUCCAGAAAUCUUCAAAAUAUCCACCAGUAUCUCACAAUGCUUUAGAGUCCUUGAACACACUGGAGAAAGAUUUCCAGGAUCUGGCUGAAAUCUGUCUACUCCUGUUACACUUAGAAGUCAGAGUUCACUGCUUCUACUACCUGGAACUAGUUACCAGGAAGUCAAACUAUGCUGGACCUAUUGAUGACCUUGACCCAGACUCCAAUGUAUUGAAGUUAAACAAAGAUCUGACAGCUAUGGAGGAGAUGAUGUCACAGAGUCUGCAGCCUAACAAAUUCAAGUAUAUAUUUGAAGGCCUGGGAUUCCUGGUGGCUUCCAUAUUGAUGAACAGUAUCCAAUUUUUACCAAAAAUCAACGAGAACGGCAUAAAGAAGAUGUGUCGAAAUCUGUUUGCUAUCCAACAAAACCUGACCAACAUUUCAAUGUCCAGAGAAACUGACCUGGAUAUGGCUCGGCAAUACUAUGAACUCCUCUACCUCAACCCAGAUGACGUUCUGACAUCUAUAGCUGAAAAGGGGGCCCAGUUUACCUACACAGAAUACUGUCAACUUAUCCAGCUAUAUCACCGGAGUCACCCAGGAGGAGAUCCCAACCAGCUGGACAAACGCAUGCAGAGGCUGAGAGAGAUCAUAGAGAAAGGACAAAACGGAGUGGCCUGAGACUGAUCAUCCACAAUUAAUUAUAUGUGUCUGGGAAAUAAACUGUCCACUGUAGUAGAACUAUUAUGAAACUACUAGUUUGUAUGGGGUGAUGAACCAGUGAUUAGUCCAAAAUGAUAUUGUCCUGGUGAUGAACAAAAGGGUACACAAAAUAUUGUUACACAGCACCAUAGAAAUACUCUAGUGAUAUGGACAGGUCUGCUUUCCAAGUUCCAUAACUCUGUUUUAGCUAAAGCCCAUGGAAAACAACAGUAAUGUGCCCACAUUUCCUUCAAUUAACAACCACCUCUCCUGAUGUUGACGCAAAUGCACAUGUGAUAGUAGCUAAUUUAAACUAAUUUUCUUGAAAAUAUUUUUGUUAGGAAGAGGGCUAUGCUUGAUUCAUAGAAACAAAGUGAAUUGAAAACAAAAGCUUUAUUAUCAUGAGCACACAUAUUCUUGUCAUAUACCACUUGUAGAAUGCUCGAAGGAAAUAUUCCUGGAAGAAAGGUCUGUGAUACUCCCACAGUAUUACAAGAGAAUGUGGAGGCUCUCCUUCUGCUGUGUAUUGAGAUAUCAGUAUCCUCUCCUUUUGAUGAAAUGGGAGGAAAUGUUUAUAUUUGAUAGAUACGAUAUGUUUGCUAUAGCUCAGUUGUUUUAUACGAUAUGCAGCAGUCUGCUGUAUUGAAGGCUUUUAAGAAAAUCACUUGAUACAGUAUAUAUUGUUUGGUACCUCCCACAAUAUUUUACAUUCCAAUAUUUACUGAGAAUUGUGUUAUUAACUUCAGUUCUACUGUUGGAGACAAUUUAGUAUGUGGACAGAAAAUUUGUUGGUAUCAUUUUUUUCUGGGAUUACCAAAAUCCACCAAAUUACACUUUCUAGAUAAUUCUCUAUAUAUCAUGUGGAAAAUUGGAUUUUUCUGUGAAGUCAUCUCUUGCCAAAAGUAAUAACAUUGAAUUUUGUCAUUAUAUACAUUCAUUUCCUCUUACUAUGUCAUACCAUAAGAACUGGGAAAAGAUUAAUAAUAAUAUAUAUAAAUGGCCCCAAUCAGAACCAUUUGAAUUAGAAGUGUUUGGUUAUGAAAUAAAGAUGGACCUGGUGACCUUUUAAUUCUUAACUCCUACUUAAAGUUGUGUUUUAGUUCCAAGGUUUCUGUCAGGAUUUAUGCCUGAAAUAUUACACCAGAAAAAAAAACACAAAAACAUAUUGUAGAACUCUUUUUUUUAUAAAAGAUGAUAUAAUAUUACUGAGAUAACAUACAUCCUUAAUGCAUAUUACUAAUGGGAGGAUAUCUAUAUUGUCAAGGGGAAUAACUGCGCUGUCACAGAUGGUUGUUUAGCCUAAGUGGAUUGUCUGGCGUGUAGUAUUAGUGUUCAGAAUACAGGUUUAUGUUAGUUUCGUUGCUGUUGCUUCCAGAUCUGUUAUUUAUGUAUGUUGUACCUGUAUUUUGCGGCAGGUAUUAUGUUUAACAAAAAUUACCUGUUGGUGUUGUGUAGUGCCUGAUCCUUGAUAGAAAUAAACAUAAUUACCGAGUAAGCUUUCUGACAUGCCAGUGCUAAAAUUUCUCAGUUUUCACUAUCUGCAUUAAGAAGUCAAAUACUUUUAGGAAGUAUGUCAAAGCAGGUAUAGGUGUGUACUUGCCUACUUUAUUUACUUAAUAUUGUCAUUAUGUAUUUAUGUAUACUGGUCCCAGUUUCAUGAAUUUUAUGAGAUUAAAGGAAUAUUCUGAUGUUUAUACUGAUGAAAGCUGGGUUUGGGAAGCAUUCGUAGGUAUUCCUGAACUUCAAUGCUUUUAAAUAAAAGAAUUAAGAAAUUUGUGAAACAGGGGCCUGGUGCUUUAAGUGCAAUAUUUGAUAUUGAGUCAUACUGAGUCAGUAUUUUUUGUGAUAUGUGAGAAUUUAUUAUUUAUAUAAACACAAGUUUGACUAAAUAAAGAAAUAAAGAAGACAAUUGGUCAGAUAUUA